AUGUAUACAUUAAUCUGGUUUCAUUUUAUAGUAUUAACGAAAACAUAUGAAAAAUUUUGGUGUACAACUCAAGAAGGUCCACAACAAUUAACUUGUCCUGAUGACGAUGCAUUAUUAACAGAUGUUAUUGUAAAAAAAGUCUAUCGGCGUACAAAACGUUGUGAACCAGAUGUUCAUACAGAAUAUUUAAUUCAUUGUCAAAAUAACAUUAAUGCUACACAAUGUGAAGGAAACCAUAGUUGUACAAUUGAUAUAUCAUCAACAGAUUAUGUUUUAUGUAAAGAUGGCGAAAGACAAGCUCCAACAUAUUUUUUCGUAAAAUAUACCUGUAUGCAAAUUUAUACUCUUUGUCAACAUAAAGAAACUGUUCGAAACACUUUAUACGGAUUUAUUGUUUCUCCAGAAGCUGAGCAUUCAAUGCACAUCGAACUAGCACCAUUACAAUUACAAUUACACGACUCAAUCAAAUGUCAUACUGAAUACUUGGAAAUAUUUGGUUAUGGAGGCAAUAGUAAUGAUUCAUUAACAAAUAACAACAAUCAUUAUCAGAAUGGAAAAAAUGGUGCCAUUUGGAAAUGGUAUCAUACAUGGUGUGGUGAUGAACGAUCAUCAAAUCAUCCAUUAUCAUCUGCACGUUAUAUAAUUCCAUCAAAUUCUGUUUAUAUGUCACUUCAGACGACUUUAUCAUCAAAAUCUCGUCAUUUUAAAAUUCGUUACAAAGUUGUACCAUCGACUUCGCGUAACUAUGAUCAUGUAAUCUUGCCCAGUUCAACAACGCCCAUACUUUCACUAGCAUCGAUAACAACAACAGUAUUCGGAAUAGUAGAAGAAUUCGCAAAUAAAAACCAAACAAUAACAAAAAAAUCUCACAAAAAAGAAAUAAUUAUUGGAGUUAUUGCUGGAAUUGGAACGCUUGUUGUGGCUAUUGCAAUCGGAAUAGUAUUGUUAAUAUUUUUCAAAAGACGACAAUCAUCAGUAAAAACAUCUUCAUCGUCUGCUUCAAAAAAUGUGACAGCGUCAAAAAAACCAUUAUCAGCUGCUACGACUAAAAACAAUACGAAUCAAAAACAUGUUCCAACACCAUCCGAUAAAACUCCAAUGUUAGACUCAUCACCAACAAGCGGUGCUCAAGCUCAAAAGCGUAAACUUGUACCUGAGCGAACUGUUCAGAUAUCUGAUUUAAAUUCAUCACGUUUCAAGCCGACGACCACUCCUGUAGGCGGAAAUGCGGCAACAACGACGACUUCCAGUCAUCAAUUAAAAGAAGUUAGUUCAACGGGUUCUGAAGCAGCAGGAACAGCAAUCAUGACAUCUGCUGUACCACCAUCACUCAAACCUAUUGUAAGUGUAGAUAGCGGAGUAUACGGUGCUGAGUUAACUGAUCAACAAGCGACAGUCGAUAAAAUCAAAGAAGCAAAAAUAUACGGUAUCGAUUUACCAGAUAAAGUUGAAACAUUGACUAAAACUAUAUCAAUUAAUCCUUCUCUCGAGCAACCUUCUUCGCCCAUUCACAUCACUCAGGAAGUAAAUGAUAAUAGUGACGAUCUUGUUCAAAUUGUUGUGAAUCCGUUAAGUGAACUAGAGAAUUUGACAAAUACUGCUGUUACAAUUUCGGAUAAAAUUGAUACGGAAAUAACUCCUCUUUUACCAGUAGAAAAUCCAGAAACAUUAGACAAUACUCGAGCAUCAUCACCACUAACGCCGCCAACGUUACUAUCGAACGAUAUCUCCCAUACACCACCACCAUCGGUUUUUGAUGUUAACUCACGACGUCAAAGUCAAUUAGAGCCGCUGUCAUCACCUCAUAACAAAGGUGAUACAACAGUGACAAGCGCCUAUCCAACAUUAAUUGAUGCUACAGCAAGUGAAAAUGAAGGCGAUAAUCGUCAAAUAGUAGAAAAACAUGUUGAGAAUAGUGUAAUUUAUAAUCAACCAAAAAAAACAACAUUCAAUCCGCUACAUGUGAUACUGAAAAAAGAUGCGAAUAAAUAUUAUACAACAGAAUAUAUUUAG